AUGGAGUCACCAGACAGUGACUCGUGGGAUGUUUGCGACGAAGGUUUGGUUAGCAAGCCUCACAAGUCCACCAGUGCAGACCUAAUCGAAUUAAACUGGCCCUGCAAUGACGGAGGCGUUUGCACGCAGCCUCAGCAGGAACAGCUUCAAAGCCCGUCCAGGCAGGAGCACGGGCUGCAGGACGGGAGCAGGGAUCCCCCACAGGGAUCACUUUGA